AUGGAAACCGCAUUGAGAGCGUGCCGCAUACCAACCCUGGGAAAGUCAGUGUGGCGGCAACAACUAGCCCUAUCACCAUGGACAAAAAGGCUACGAACUUUGCAGAAUAUUCGAUGGAGUUCGAGUUCGAGUAUUCCAGCAGCACCCUUCCCCGUCUUCCGCGAUGUGCCACCGCUACGAGAGUUGCGCAAGAAAAUGUUCAGGGAGGGAAGGGAAGUAGGCUUCGUUGCAACGAUGGGGGCACUACAUGAGGGCCACCUCUCGCUAGUGAGACAUGCUUUGAGAGAGAACACAGAUGUGUUUGUCUCCAUCUUCGUCAACCCUACACAAUUUGCUGCUCAUGAGGAUCUUGAUUCAUACCCUCAAACAUGGGAAGAAGACGUGAGGAAAUUGCAGCAAGUGCAAGAUGAACAUGCCGCCUCGUCAGGGCCGAACAAAGACUCUACAAUUCGGGGUAUUUUUGCACCCACCGUCAAGGUCAUGUACCCGACCCUACCACCCACGUCGGACAUGGCAGGAGACGGCUCAUUCGUCACGAUCACUCCUUUGGGAAAUCAACUUGAAGGAAAAUCUCGUCCGAUCUUCUUCCGAGGUGUUGCAACCGUGUGCGCUAAAUUGUUCAAUAUUGUUCAAGCAGAUCGAGUCUACUUCGGCCAGAAAGAUAUCCAGCAAUCUGUCUUGAUCAAACGUAUGGUAAAAGAUUUUCACAUUCCCACCGAAGUACGAGUGAUUCCGACUAGCAGAGAUCCAGACGGGUUGGCCAUGAGCAGUCGGAAUACGUAUCUAGGGGAACGACGAAGAAAGGACGUCGUCGUGCUAUCCCGGGCUCUUUUUGCUGCUCAAAAUCUCUACAAGGUCGGUGAAUUAUCAGUGAAGAAGAUCAGAGAUGCGGCGUACGAAGUUUUCGCCCAACAAUCAAGGACAAAAAGAAAAGACGGUAGACUUGGGGGAAGUGCGCGCUUGGAGAUUGACUACAUUGCAUUGAGCGAUCCUGAUAAUAUGACGAUGCUUGAGGACAAACAAAAGAUCAAUCCGAGACGCGGGGCGAUAUUGAGUGCUGCAAUGAUUGUCUGGCCCGUUGACAAUCCCAAUACCAACGAGGAGCUGAAUCAAAGAAGUGUGAGGCUCAUUGACAAUGUCAUUCUCGAGCCACGUUAA